UUCUGUUCUAGUUUUGGACGGAGGUGACGGUCUCAUUUUAGUUAUUUCCGGUUGUCAGUUCGCUAAUCUUUCACAUCACUCGAUUACUCAGGAUCUCACUCAGUUUCUGUCCCACGCUGUCCGGAGCAGAGCUACCUGAGAACCAGCAAGAUGAUGGAACAACAGCCGAUCUACAACCCGAUUAUUCCCUUCACAGGAAGUAUAUUUGGUGGACUUCAAGAUGAGAAACUGAUUAUAAUUCAAGGACAGGUGCCAGGACAUGCAAAGAGGUUUGCCGUGGAUUUCAUGUGUGGCUCCUGCCAGACGCCAAGAUCUGAUGUUGCCUUUCACUUCAACAUACGCUAUGAUGAAUCUGUUGUGGUCUGCAAUACGCUGGAGUGUGAACGCUGGGGAUCCGAAGAGAGGAAACAGCAGAUUCCCAUCAAUGCAGGGACGUACUUUGAGCUGAUCUUUAAAACACAGCAUUAUGGUUUCCAGGUUUCUGUGAAUGGGCAACACUUCCUGCAGUACAACCACAGGCUGCCUAUGACUAGAGUGGAUACUCUGAAGAUUUCGGGAGAUGUUCAUGUGAAUACCAUCACUUUUAGAAACCCAAAUGUUGCUCCAGCGUAUCCUCCUCCUGCUUAUACCCCAUGUCAGUCUUUUGCCGUCCAAUCUCCAGUCUGUGCCAGUCCUGCCUUCACUGUCCCUGGCCUAUAUGGCAAAAAUCCUGCCUUGAAUGUAGUGCCUAGAAAAAAAAAUAAGAACAAGCAAAUUCACUUGGGCAGAUCUCCCCCAGUGACUGUGUCUAAUCCGGUUGUUCCAUACCAGGCCUAUAUCGGAAGCAUCCGGCCUCAGCAGCUGAUUAAGGUUAUUGGGACUGUGAAGAUUAAAGCUCACAGGUUUACUGUGAAUCUGAUAGCGAGUUAUUCCGACAACAUCGCCCUCCACAUCAACCAACGAUUCGAUGAGAACGCGGUAGUGCGAAACACCAGGACCAACAAGAACUGGGGAACUGAGGAGAGAGGCCUACCAUUUCUCCCAUUUGUACCUGGCCAGACGUUUGAGCUUCAGAUCCACGUUGAACCAACCUGCUACAAAGUCCUGGUGAACGGAAGGCACCUGUUUAACUACAACCACAGGUUACAGCCCCUGAACCAGAUCGAUAAAUUGGAAGUCACUGGUGAUGUCACCCUUGCUCUUGUGCAGUACUAAUGCUUUGAAAUAAUUCAUAUGCUUUAUCUAGAAAAUAAGCCGCUGCUGCUUACUGCUGCUUUAUGUUCCCACAUUUAGACCAUAAAACAUAGGAUCAGAGUUAGGCCACGCGGCCCAUACAUGUACUUCACCUUUCCAGCAUGGCUGAUUUAUUAUUCCUGCCUACUCCCUGUAAUCUUUGAUGCCCUUACUAAUCAAGAACUUAUCAGAUUCUGCUUUAAAUGUAUGAAAAUCUGGGGUCCAAGCCUUGAAAUAAUGAUUGUUAAGCAGCUAAAGAACUACAGACAGUUUUGGUCACCUUACAGGAAAUACAUGAAUUCAAGCAUGACAUGGCCUCCGUAGCUGUCUGUGGCAAUGAAGUUUUCACUCCCUGCUUCUCUCGGCAUACACCCUAUGCACAGUCAUCUAUCACACAAAAGAGACCAUCUUAUUAAGUGCAGUGAAGGUCAACCUCUCAUUUCCAUGAACCCAUCAACCAAUGACAUUGAUACCCAUCAUCAUGGUUUUGGCUGGUGUUAACAGAAAGACAGUACAAGGCCUACACCUACCAGUAUGGUACCUGUUUUACAGUGACAGGCCUAGCACAGGGUCCUUAGCUGAAUAUGGACCUCUUGGAUCUCAAUUCAGUCUCAAAGGUCAGAAAUCUCUGGUGUUUGGAACCCAUGGUCCUGAGCUCAAUCAGGUUCCUCUUCCAGCUCCUGGUGGAGAAUGUGAAGGAUUCCAUUCCUGAUUCACAGCCCCUGAAGUUUUCCUCCUCAUCCUUAUCCUUCAGGUAUCUCCUCAAGAGCAUUCAAGUUAAUUCAGCACUAUACAUGUAUACAAAUAAAUGAAACAGCAUUCCUUCAGGGCCAAGGUGCAAAACACAGUACAUACAGUCCAGACACACACAGCACAUAGAGUUUCAAUCUAGCACAUACAGUCACAGUAAUAAUACUGGCACAAGUCCCUGAGUGGCAUGGCCUGAAGAUUGAUGGCGCAAGGGACGUAGUCCUGUAGGAGUGUCUCUGCAGGUUGUGACUUACUCCUUUUGAGGUAGAAACCAUGGGUCUUUAGAACACCUGCCUGUAGGGCAAGUUACUCCUGAUGCACAGUUGAUAACUUCCUGGUCUGCGCCAAAUCUGGGGUUAUGAUUUGUCUUUACACCUGGUCCAAUUUCGCCCUCUAGUGGGGCUGAGCAGAAGUCCAGUUACUUGCUGGACAGGGAUAUACCCCCAGAGGCUGAGAACUUCGAUUCAACUUUGAUGUAUGCACUGCCAGGCUAAAUCAGAGCAAUGAAUGUGUCCGUAACGUUUCAAUGUAAAGAAAUUACUAAGAAAUUCCUGAAUAAUAAAAUGUUUUAUGUCUUUAUUGCUGAAUGGCUUUUAAAUAAAUACAUGAUUCUAAAAAAAA